AGCCGAACGCCAAUCGAUGUUAGCGAGGAGAGGGUUGCGCUUAUCAGUCCUGUAGGUUGCGCUCUGGUGUAGAUCCGUCUUGUGCUUCGGCCGCGCUGGUGGAGGGAGUUCGGUAGCGGCAGAGGAAGUCGAUUGCUACCACCACUUUUCUAAGUUUAUUACAUGAAAAUGGAGACAGAGCAGGAAGAGGUUGAAUUCACCAACACAGAAACCAACGGCAAACGCCCAGCAGAGGACAUGGAGGAGGAACAAGCUUUCAAGAGAUCUAGAAACACGGAUAUGAUGGUUGAACUACGUAUACUGCUUCAGAGCAAAAAUGCUGGUGCAGUAAUCGGUAAAGGAGGAAAAAAUAUUAAAGCGCUCCGGACAGACUACAAUGCCAGUGUUUCAGUCCCAGACAGCAGUGGCCCCGAGCGUAUAUUAAGUAUCAGUGCAGAUAUUGAGACAAUUGGAGAAAUAUUGAAGAAAAUCAUUCCUACAUUAGAAGAGUAUCAACACUACAAGGGAAAUGACUUUGAUUGUGAGUUGAGGCUCUUGAUCCACCAGUCUCUGGCCGGAGGAAUUAUUGGUGUUAAAGGUGCAAAGAUCAAAGAACUACGAGAGAAUACGCAGACCACAAUUAAGCUUUUCCAGGAGUGUUGCCCCCAUUCUACAGAUCGUGUUGUGCUUAUUGGAGGAAAGCCUGAUCGAGUGGUUGAGUGCAUCAAAGUUGUUCUGGAUCUCGUAUCUGAAUCUCCUAUUAAAGGCCGUGCACAGCCAUAUGACCCUAACUUCUACGAUGAAACAUAUGAUUAUGGCGGUUUUACAAUGAUGUUUGAUGACAGACGAGGACGGCCCAUGGGCUUCCCUAUGCAUACAAGAGGGGGUUUUGAUCGUAUGCCUCCAGGACCAGGUGGUCGCCCUAUGCCACAGUCAAGAAGAGAUUAUGAUGAUAUGAGUCCAAGGCGAGGGCCCCUCCCACCACCUCCAGGUCGUGGAGGCAGAGGUGGCAGUAGAGCUCGUAAUCUUCCACUUCCACCACCCCCACCACCAAGAGGAGGUGAUCGAAGAGGGAGACCUGACCAUUAUGAUGGAAUGGGUGGCUCAGGAUAUGGUCGGGGGUCAUAUGGUGAUUUAGGUGGACCUGUCAUAACAACUCAAGUAACCAUUCCAAAAGAUUUGGCAGGGUCAAUUAUUGGAAAAGGAGGUCAAAGGAUCAAACAAAUCCGCCAUGAAUCUGGGGCAUCUAUCAAAAUUGAUGAACCUUUGGAAGGGUCAGAUGAUCGAAUCAUUACCAUUAUAGGCACCCAAGAUCAGAUACAGAAUGCCCAAUAUUUGCUUCAGAACAGUGUGAAGCAGUAUUCUGAAGAUUAUGCUUAUGGGUUUUGACUUCUAAACAUUUGAGAGGCACAUGCUCAAGGGUUCUAAUGCUUAAGUGGAUUCCAAAAUAUUUUGUUUAGAACAGCUACAAUGAAAAAAACCUGGAAUGCUUUCCUUCCCCCCCCUUUCGUUGCUUAUGGAUUACAAACCAAGAUCUGGAUCUACGGAUGCAUUUGUUAAUAGUAACCAGCAGCACUAAGAAUCCACAAACUGCAGAGAAUGCCCCACCUCCAAGAGAAUUGUACAGAAUUACUAGAGCUGAAUGAUAAUAUCUGCUUUAUGUUAAAGAUUAUUUUGUUAUGUUCUAAAUUCAGUUAUUACAUGGAGAAUGAAUCUCCGCUUAAGCUUUUCUCUCCAGACCUUGAAUGGAAUAAGUUGAUUUUGUUAUCUUUUUGAACAGCAGCCGAAAUGUUCUGGUUUCCUUUUUCUGUUUUUAUAUUUUUAGUGUUUUUUGUUUUUUCUUCCCCCUCUAUAAAUCUUUUAAUUCCAACUCUUGAGGUUUUUUUCCUGAAAUGUUUGUUUAAAAAUGGGGGGUAUGUUAAAAGUAACAAGAUGGUGACUGUACACAUUGCUGUUUUUAUCACUUUUACAUUGGUAUGUUGUAACUGAAAUUAGUCACCUGUGUUGGUGUAUUGAGAAUUGACCAGCUGUGCUCCAGUUUUUUAAUAUAAUUAAAGUUGAAAGGAUAUUUUUUUUUUUUUUUAAUUAUUAUUCCUUAGAUGUAGCAAAGUGAGCAGUGCAACAUUUUAUUUGACUAAAUGGAAAUGAAACUAACCUAGUCAUUGUCUCUUGAAUUCUGUUCAAGUUGGAGAUGCCAAAUGUUAGGUUUAAAUAGGGGAAACUUGGAGUCGUUCAUUUAAAGGUUCAUUUAGUGUAUUAAACCUGGCUUUACACAGUGGCCAGAUUUCAGCAAAAUCUUCUGCAAAUAAAAGUUGUAGCAAUUGCACCAAA